AUGGCCUCAACAACACCCUCGUCAGGCGUCCAGACGUCGACCAUCGUCCUCGCAACUCUUGGUACCGUCACCACCGCUGCCCUCGCAUACGCCGUCUACUUUGACUACAAGAGACGCUCCGACCCUGCUUUCCGUCGCUCGCUCAAGCGCCAGCAGAAGCAGGUCUCCAGGGCUGCUAAAGACGAGGCCGUUGCUGCCGAAAAGGGCCAGAAGCAAAAGAUCCGCCAGGUUGUCGAUGCUGCCAACGACCAAGGCUUCCCCGAAGACCCCGAGAAGACCGAGGAGUACUUCAUGACCGAGGUUGCCCGCGGCGAGCAGAUGUGCCAGGAUGGCUCCGACCCCGUCGACGCUGCCCUGUGUUUCUACAAGGCUCUCAAGGUCUACCCCCAGCCCAGAGAGCUCAUCAGCAUCUACGACAAGACCGUCCCCAAGCCCAUCCUCGAUAUCCUUGCCGAGAUGAUCGCCGUCGACAGCAGCAUAAAAGUCGCCGCCCCCGGCGCUGACUCUGACGCUCCCGAGUCCGAGCCCGUCGAGUAG